AUCACAACCCUAACAAACUAAACAAAUACCAAAUCAAGUACCUUUCAGUUCCAAAGCCAAUGUCAUGGAAGUUAGAACUUAGAACCCUUAGAGCUUUAUAUACAUCACCAUUUCUCCAAUUUUCCAUCUGAGCCAGCUGCUGGAAUAAAAACUCUGUAUUCUUCUCACUGUUUUCAACUUUGAUUUCUUGAUAAUGGCGUGCCAUGGAUUUCUAGGGACACCGACCCUGAGAUCAUCACAUGGACGUCAUAAUCAUGGAAGGAGAAACCGGCACCAACGUCAUCAGUCCACAUGUUCGGCUGCAGCUGUUGCAGCAGCUGGCUCCAUCUUCACGUCCCUCAACAAGUCUAUCUUCACAUUCCACAGCCGCCUCUUGCGUUGCGUCUCCAGGCUUUUCCGUCUCACUAGCGCAACUCCUAGCCGUAAACAAGGCUACAAAAAACUCGAGAAACUCAAGCACCAUCAUCAUCAUCAUCAGCCUCCAUUGAGAAAACAUAAUGACAAGAAAAGAACCAUCGUUCUUGAUCUCGAUGAAACAUUGGUGCACUCAUCUAUGGAGCCACCAGUCCGAGCCAACGUAGAUUUCAUGGUGAGGCUAAAGAUCCAAGGAAUGGUUAUACCGAUGUUUGUAGUAAAACGACCAGGAGUCACCGAGUUUCUUGACAGGAUUGGUAAGAACUACCGGGUGGCGGUUUUCACAGCCGGUCUGCCUGAAUAUGCUUCGCAAGUUUUGGAUAAACUAGACAAGAACCGUGUGAUCACACAGAGGCUAUACAGAGAUUCAUGCACAGACAUGAACGGGAGAUACGCCAAAGACUUGUCUCUGGUUGCUAAGACAGACCUGGGGAGUGUUUUGCUAGUUGAUGAUAACCCUUUCUCCUACUCGUUGCAGCCUGAUAAUGGAGUUCAUAUUAAGCCUUUUGUGGAUGACAUGGAAGAUCAAGAACUGAUGAAACUUGCAGAGUUCUUUGAUGGAUGUUGUCAGUAUGAAGAUGUAAGGGAUGCAGCAUCAGAACUUCUAUAUAACAAAGUGACUUGAUGAUCCACAUUUAUAUAUUUUCUUUUUUUAUGCAGACUCUGUUUUCAAUUUUGUUUUUGGGUUUUUUUUCUUUCUUUUUGUUGUUGAUUUUCUUUGGCUAUCGGUAUUUUUGCGUUGACAAAGGAUGAUUUCUUCCUUUUUCAACGUUGUUACCUAUAUAAUGUGUUACUGAGAAAAUGUAUUAUAUAACCAAGAAAAAUCGGUAAUGAAAAAAAGAAGUUUUGGACUA